AUGGCUCUGAAAAGCAAGAACCGGACGUUGGAGAUCCUGAACGCUGCGGCGGCGGGAAAGUACGGUGUUCUGGCAGCAAUUGCAUACAACAUUGAACAACUCACAGCGCUGGUCCGUGCCGCCGAAGCAAAACGAUCACCUCUCAUCAUCCAACUCUUCCCGUCAACACUUAAGCAGCUUCCCACUCUCGCACACGCCGCCGCUGCCGCAGUAAGAUCAGCUACUGUCCCGCUAUCUCUGCACAUCGACCACGCGCAAAAUGUAGAACACAUCCGCGAGAUCAUCGCUACUCUACCCGUAGACUCCGUCAUGGUGGACAUGUCCCAUUACGACGAAGCCGAGAAUCUAUCGAAGACCAAAACCCUCGCAAAAGAAUGCCACGCCAAGGGCAUCGCCGUAGAAGCAGAGAGCGGACGGAUAGAAGGCGGUGAAGACGGCAUCGCAGACACAGAAGGCCUCGAAGCCCUCUUCACCUCCCCCGAAGACGUCGACAACUUCAUCGCCGCCGGCAUCGACAUCCUCGCCCCCUCAAUCGGCAAUCUCCACGGCGACUACGGGCCGUCUGGCCCCGCGCCCGGCCAGCUGCACUUCGACCGCCUGACGGCCAUCAACAAGCAGAUCGACGACCGCGUGCUCAUCGCGCUGCACGGCACGAACGACUUCCCGCCUGAGAUCAUGCGCCAGUGUAUCGAGAACGGCGCGAUCAAGCUCAAUGUGAAUAAGCUGUUGUUGGAGGUGUGGAAUGAGUUCUUGAGGAAGAACGCCGCUGGGAUGCUGUUGGUGAGGCUUAUUGAUGAGGGGAUGAAGGUGUUACAGGUGGAGACGGAGAGGUGGAUGGAUAUUUGCGGGAGUAGUGGGAAGGCGUAG